CCCUUUCCCUCUGCAAAAGCGGAUCAAGAGGAUAUUUGGACACGAUUGAUCCUGACCUAUGCUCGUCACAGACGGCUAUUUACGCUAAGCGCUGACGAUGGGGAAACGACUUCCUCACCUUGGCGGGAGGUGCUUACAAAUGAGCGAAUAAGACGUAGACUGAACAGUCAACAAGUCAAUCACCUAAUCAAGAUUCUUGUGGAACGAGGUGCAGCCACUUAUGAACCCCCAAAGCAACUAUCGAGCGUAUUGAUUUUGUGGAGGAAACCCGAAGAAUGGGCAGAGAUUCUCCAUAGCUGGGUGGGUGCAGCCUCCU